AUGAACUCGAUUCCUUUCGCGAUACGUCGACAAAUACCCGUGCCAGCGAUAAAGACGCGCCGAACUACAUUGAGCAGCUGGUCACAAAUUCCUUCCUUUAACACGGGCAGUUUCGCGGAUAUAUUGGACUUAAGGAAGGACGUGGAUCUAAUCCUGAAGGGCGAACUGGAGGGUAAUCUCACCGUCAACCACCCGCAGGUCUUCGACACAGUCUUUGGCGGACAAUGCAAGGAAGCCGGAAUACUAUAUACGGACAAUAUUGGCUGGGCGGAGUGGCCGGAGGAUUGUGCGGAGCCCGAAGUGCUGCACUGGCUCCGUCACUAUAUUAACCAAUUUCUCCAGGACGAUGGUGCUCCCUGCGAUUGGUGCGACGUCCUUGUCCCAGGGGAGCUGAAGAGUAACCCGCGAGAAGAUAACCACAGCAGCACCUGGUUCGAUCUAUCUCGAUAUGCUCGGGAGAUCUUUGCAGCGCAAAACACCCGACGAUCUGUUACUGGCUUCACACUCUGCGGUUCUAUCAUGCAACUUUGGGUAUUCGACCGACUUGGAGCGAUUGCGUCGCAAUCAUUCAAUAUACACGAGAAUGCGCUGAUGUACAUUGAAAUCACGCGGAAUGCACAACCGGAGCGAUAUCAUCUGGGCAAUGUUAUAAAGCGACAGCGUUAUAUAGCAGGCCGAGCAACCACCUGUUGGGAAGUCCAUAAUAAAUCCGGCCAGGCUUUUGUUGAGGGGCCUCUACUUAAGAAGGUAACAGAUGCGGGCGUGAUAAACGUGGCAGAGUACCACUAUUACAAAACCGUUCAUAAUAAGGGUGCUGCUGUCGAUGUCCGCAACAAUUUGCGCAAAAACUUUCCUAAGCCCGAAGCUCCGGCAUCAGAGAGGCUUAUAAGCGGUCGAGGCAGAAGCAACAGCAUUACGCGAAAGAGGCGCUCCAGCUUUUAUCAGUCUAUGCGACCUCCAAAGCGGUCAUGCUUAGAGUCUCCUCAAGGGAAUAGCUUGCGGCGAAACCGAGUUCAUUGUCGGCUAAUAACGGGACGUGUUGGGAAGAGUAUAUACAAUGCGAGCUUGCUGGUAGCUAUGAUAAACGGGAACUUGGGGGGAAUAAAAGGACACGAAUUAUUGCUGGAAAGACACGUCCUCUAUUGCGAUAUAUCGGUCGGAAAUAUUAUGCUUAAGAAGGGCGAAGACGACGGUUUCUUGAUUGACCUCGACCUUGCCAUCGAAAUCGACCGGAAAGAGGCAUCGGGCGCGCCGAGUAAGACCGGCACUAAGGUGUUUACGGCGAUUGGUGCACUUUACGGCGAACACCACAACUUUAUGCACGAUUUGGAGUCGUUCUUCUGGGUGCUGUUCUGGCUUUGCAUACACUGGAACGGGCCUGACCAAAAUAGGAGCAGAACGGAAUAUAAGUCUUGGAAUUACAAGGACACAAAGGAACUUGCGGAAAUCAAGAAAGGCAAAGUGCUUGAGCAGGACAAGUUUGAUAAGGAAGUGGAUGAGAAUUUCACUCCACACUGUAGGCCGUUGAUUCCUUGUGUACAAGCACUGCGCGAUGUCGUGUUCCCAGGUGGGAAGCGGUGGCUGGAGGAAGACCGAGAGCUGUACGGUCGGAUGAAGUCAAUACUCGAAAAGGCAAGGGAGAACCUAACUCAGUUUUAGCGU